AUCUCAGACAUCUCUAGAGCUAAGACGUGCUAAAGUCGAGGCUAAAUCUCAUUCCCUAGUCCCCCAGCCGGCCCUAGGCUAUCAGAGAGAAACCCGUAGGCUAUGACUGACCGGCAGCAGCCCCAGGCUUACUUUAGCACAAAGGAAGGCUGGUUGUCUAAAACGGGACCAAACAAUAAGGGUUGGCGUGAUCGUUACUUUGUACUCUCAAACGGAAAACUUGUUUAUUUUAAAUCGGAAAAAGACAAGGACGAUGCUCCUCAAGGCUCCAUUGAUCUUAAGGAAGUGCACCAGAUUGCUAUAGCAGGCGCAGCAAAGAAAGGCUUUGGUUUUGAUUUAACGGUUUCUUCUGGGAGGGUUUAUAAUUUUGCUGCAAAGAGUGAAAUUGAAAGAGUUGAUUGGAUGUCUGCGUUACAAUCAACAGUCAAGACAGCACACAGCAUUCAUGGUCCUCCUUCUCCAAUGAUAAGUAGUUCAGGGUCAGUCAGUGGUGGUGGAAGGAAGGGUAGUGUUACUAGUGGUGGGGGUCUCUUUGGUAGAAAGAGAGUCUCCACAGCAACUUCUACCACUUCAAACAGAAGAGGCAGUGACAGCUCUGUUGAUGACUCACCUUUACAAAGCAGUAUAAGUCCUGUUUCUCAGCCUUCAGCUGGUAAGAAGACUGAUGUUGUUAGCUCAUUACUUGAAGCUGAAGUUGAUGCCCUGAGGGGUAAGGUAACUCAGUUGGAGGAUGAGUUAGAAACAGCUGCUGGUCAAAGGAAACUCUUGCAGUACAAACUUGAGGAGACCAAAGAAGAAAAUGAAGACAUUUUACAACAAUUAAAUGAUGAAAUACUAAUGUUAAAAGAAAAGAUAUUGGCACUGGAUGAUUCUAAAGUAAAAUUGGAACAAGUUAAUGACAGUCUAUCAACGCAAGUCCAGUACAAAGAGGAUCUAAAUACAAGUUUACAAGAGUCUGUUGCUGAAUUAGAGGAAGACUUAAAGCACUGGCAAGAAGAAGGAACAGCAGCUAAAAAAGAAUUGGAAGAGAUAGAGGAGGAGCAAGUGAAGAUCAUGGAGCGGCUGACGGAAGAGAGACAGUUACGGAUAAACAACGAAACUCAAGUCAAGGAACUGACCGUCAAACUGGAAGAGACCGAGAAAGAGAGAGAUCGCUUGAAGGCUGUCAUUAACUUAACUAGUCAGAAGAAGGAACGAUCCCCAGUAGACGAGUUGGAGCUGAAAGAAGAAAAACUUCAGCUUCAAGUUCAGAUAGAGAACCUAAAGUUGUCGAACAGCAAAGAAGUUAAGGAAUUGGAGGAAAAGUUUUCGCUGGAGAGAAGCGAUUUGAUUGGACGGUUAGAAGAGACGAAGAAAGAGUUGGAACAACAGACUAGUGACUCUAAACUUUUGAGGAAGGAGUUAGAAGAGACUCGGUCUAAGCUACAGGAACUGAGUGAUAAUCUUAAAACGACUGAUGAAAGACGUAAACAGUUGCAGGCAGAAAAAGAGAAAGCUGUGUCCGACAUGAUCGCAAUGAGAAAAUCCAUGAAGGAAAAGCUUUCGACCAACAGUGAAGAUACUAAACAGAAAGAUGAUGGAUCACCUACAAUGUCUGCCAAGCUUGCCGAUGCAGAAGGCAGAGCUGAAAUGGCCACUAGAUUAUUGCAGGAGAUCCAGACAGAACGUGACUCAUUGAAAGUUCAGUUGAAUCACAGAAGAUCGCUCUCACCCUCUCCAUCACGCCGACCAAUUGAAUCACCUGAUGGUGCUAAUACUUUGACUCCUCCCCCUCCAUUUCUUCUUAAGUCUCAGCCUUCGAUAGGCAUCAGCAGACCAGAUGUUGCCCCUCCAAAGCCCAAACGUCCUCCAAAAGAGCUCAUUCAGCAGCUGAUUUCAUCAUCGUGAUUGUGCAAUAAUUAGUCUUUUUUAAAAAUUAGUGUCUAUUAUAAUUUAUUUCUAGACUUUUUAAUAAUUGUUUUUAAAACAAUUUUUGUAUGUUUUUAACAACAAAAUUUAUACUUUCACUUUA